AUGUCAGUACCACCGGACACCAAAGAUACGGACACGAAUGUAAAAGUUGAUCGGAAAUUAAUAUCCAACCCCGUUGAGAUCGCUGAACACUUCAACAGGUAUUUCACGUCGAUAUUUUCGUGUGACCCGGUCGAAUCUCCUACGCAAUUACCAUCCGUUAGCGGUCAAGUCCUUUCAGAGAUUUCCCUCACGUCUUUCGAAGUGGCAUCUGCACUUCGUUCACUUAAUGUCAGCAAAGCAUCAGGACCUGAUAGAAUUACUGCAAGACUUCUGAUUGAGACAUCUGAACAAAUCGCUCCAUCGUUAACUUUACUGUUUAACAAAUCACUAGAGGAAGGUGUAUUUCCAGACGAGUGGAAGCUGGCAAAUAUCGUUCCGGUAUACAAGAAAGACAACAGACAAUAUGUGGAAAACUAUCGGCCAAUUUCACUGCUUAUACCAUCAUCCCAAAAGUUCUAG